AACCGUUCGGCGCAAAAAUUCAAAAGGCGAACAGGAAAUAGAACUGAAGUCUCACCUUUUCCGACCGACCACAAAUAAAGAAGAGUGGCGUUUUUAACAUAUUUGGAGUUAAGAUGAGUGCGGCCUCCACACCCAUGUCCCGGGUGCGUCCUGGGUGGGCAUCUUCGUCCCUGAAGAACAAGGGUCUGUCCCCUGCAGCCUGCAGCACCCCACUGCUGGCAGCCUUCCCUGGCAACGAUGACGAACAGGAGAGGCGCCAGCGGCGAAGGUCCCGCGUCAUUGACCUCCAGACAGCUACUGACUCCUCUCUCAAUGAGUCAGCAUCCCACAGUGCCUCUGGGACUCCUGCUGCUGUGCCUAAAUUGUCAAAUGCACAGAUUUCAGAGCAUUACUCGACUUGCAUCAAACUCUCCACGGAGAAUAAAAUUACCACAAAAAAUGCCUUUGGUUUGCAUCUGAUUGAUUACAUGGCUGAUAUUCUCAAACAGAAGGACUCUGAGCUCACAAACUUCAAGGUGGCAGCUGGCACUUUGGAUGCAAGCACCAAGAUUUAUGCUGUCAGGGUGGACGCCGUUCAUGCUGAUGCCUAUAGGGUGCUAGGUGGCUUGGGAUCUGAAACAAAGCCUGGAGAAGAACAUGGUCCAGGGGCGGGGGGAGAAGUGGAGGGAAGCGCAGUGGAGGAACUGGCCGCCAAACAGCCAAAGAAGAAGAGACCUCCAAAGAAGACUGUGGAGCAGAACCUGGGCAACAUCAACAGCUCCGAGUCUGAGAGGAAGUGUGAGGUGGACCCCAUGUUUCAGAGGAUGGCCUCGUCUUUCGAUGAGAGCAGCACGGCAGGUGUCUUCCUGUCGGUCCUCUUCAGUGAGGACAGUCGCUGUGAGCUGCUCUUCCCCUCCCACCUGACCCUGCUCCAGUCUAGACCCUCCUACACCCCCCCACCCCCACAGCAAGUCCCUGCAUCACCAUUUAUGGGUGGUCUGCAGCGCUCUCAGGAGAAAAGCUCUAUCUGCCCCUCACUGCAGGACUUCUCCUUCACCAGCUGGAACCCUGAGCAGACCAUGAACCAGCUGCUGGAGAAGAUGAAGCAGGGUGAACAUGUGUUUGAUUUGAACGCCGCACCAGAGCCAGAGCCUGAGGACGACGACUGCCAGGACUUUGGCCAGGAUUUUGAUGCUGACUACGAGGAGGGACAGGGUGAAUGUGCGGAUGGGCCCAAGGAGUACAAGGAAGGCUGUGAGGCUUCUGGUCCCAGCAAAGGACGGGACGUGAUUCCCAUUGGGGAGGCAGACAUUGCCACCAUGUGUCUGCAGCUAUCCUCUCAGCCCAGGGAGUACUCCUACUUCAGCCCCAGGACCAUGGCCACAUGGGCCGGGCCCGGCUACUGGCAGUUCAAACCAAAGCACAAAUUGGACCAUUUGCCGGACAAGGAGACACGUAAAAGGAAACCCAAGAAGACCUUUGAAAUAGACUUCAACGAUGAUGUCAACUUUGACACCUACUUCCGCACUACCAGAGCUGCCACCACUAACAGCAAGUCUGCCCUCAGUGCCAGUAACAAGAAAACCACUCUACCAGCAGACUUCCAGUUCCCACCUGAGACCCUGUCCCAACUCAGCCUGAAACCCUCCAGCACGUUGAGUCAAGAAGGCCAAAAGAGGUUGUCUGGCGAGUUAGGAGAAGGCAUCGGCGACUACGACUACAACAACGCCAACGACACAGCCAACUUCUGCCCUGGUCUUCAGGGUGGUGACAGUGACGAUGAUGUUGAAGGGUUUGCUGGUUCAGACGACACCCAGCCCUCAGUUGACAACUUACCUCUUUCCUUGCAAGACCCAGAAGGAAUCUCCACCUAUGGGGAGGACGAUCUGGUGCCCGAGCCACACAGGGUCAACAAGAUUGAAAUCAACUAUGCCAAGACAGCCAAGAAAAUGGACAUGAAGAGACUGAAGAACAGCAUGUGGACUCUUUUGACUGAAAGCCCAGAAAAACCCUCAGAGAAGGCUGAGACCUUGGAGACAUCAGAGGUACCUGGGGAGAAAGUCUUCAGUGAGACCACAGAGACGCUUCUACAAAGGCUGCCCAACACAAUGGCACAGAACCUGUCCGUGCCUCUGGCAUUUGUCGCCCUGCUUCACCUCGCCAACGAAAAGAAUUUGGAGCUGGUGAAGGUUGACGACAUGUCAGACAUCAUCAUCAGACAAGGUCUCUGAGAAGAGCUACAUAAUUGAAUACAGAGAGUGGUUGCUAUUGUUUUUCUCUUAUUCUCUCCCUUUUUACUGUGUAUAAGUCUUAUGUAGUUUUUAUUCUUUUAAGUAUCUGAACUUUUGUUUCUUAACUUUCCUUUUACUCUACACUUUUCUGCUUUUCCUUUUGUGUAGAUAACUCAAAUGCUCCACCUCAUCCUCUCAGCAAAUGUACAUUAUCAAAAGAAAUAAAGGCUUUUCUACAGAA